CUUCAGCGAGUCUGUCGACAAGUCGUGUGUGUGGUAGUGGUGAAAACUUAUAAGUUUUAACAAAUGCAUUUAAAAAAUCAUUAAAGGGAAAAUAUAGCUAAUAGUGAUAUAUAUAAAUAUUAUAUAUAAAACACUUUAAAUAAUUCGCUAACACAGUGUACGCGUGUGCAAAGCAAUAAAUACAAAAAUUUAACAAAGAGGUAAAUCGACGACAACUGAAUACCUAAAAGCAGCAAUACAACAACAGCAACAAUAACAGCUAGGGGCAACAUCGAAGCAGCGGCACGCAGAAUAAAGAAACAAGGAAACAUUUGCACAGCAACCAACCGACGACAGCAACAGCAACCGACAAGAAAAACCACUUCAACAAAAGAGGAUAACAUAUUGAAAGAGCUCUACUCACACAUAACCACUCUCACACACACACAUAGACGCAGACGCCAACGGAGCUGCCAACUUACACGUAUGUACGUGGGAAAGUAAACCGACAUCUUUUUACGACGUCGUCGAGUUUUGCAAUCGGGCGAGAGAGCCACUGAGCUGAAGUUUAGUUCGACAAACACGCAGCAGGGCCAGGGCCAGCCCUUUGAUAACAUACACACAUAUACGCACGCAUGUACGCCCACUGUGUAACGUAGACAAAGGCGAUCGAACGAAAGAGCGCACGUAGCUGGACAUUGCGUGAGCGCAAGACAACAAGUGAGAGAGGAGAGAGAGAGAGACUCUGACUGGCAUAGAGCUGUUGCUGUUCGGCAUUUCGGUGUUCGGUGUUGCUUAACAACCGUUAAUACAAACUCGAACGCACAACGAAUUUGGAAAUCUCGGCAGUAGCGAGUCGACGAGCUGCGCGCAUUCGUGAAAGUGCGUCGUUGUCGUUGUGCGUGUGCGUGAGCGUAGUCAACUUGGAGCCGCGCACUCACUCGACUGCAUUUACGAAACACCAGUGUUGCCACAUCGCUUGAUCACAUGAAAACACAUAAAGCAUAAAUCCACAACGUAAACAUAAACAGCAACAACAAGGAACCAUACGAGAAGGACAACAAGUUGCAGCGAUACACUCCAGACUUCAAAUGAAAACAUUAGUGCUCAGUCCAGACGAUCUGCAGAACUUUAACAAGUUCAUUUACGAUCCAAAGUCAGCCGCUCAGUUGGCCGCCAGUGCGGGCGCCAUUGCAGCAGCCGCCCAUGGGCAUCCAGGAGGCGUGCAGCUAGUGGCAGGCGGCACAGCAGUGCCCGUUUCCACGAUGGGAACAGUGGGGGGCGGCGCAUCCGCUGGCGCGGGCACAGUUAACAAUACCAACAAACUAAUGGCAUUGCAUUACUAUCUGAAUCAUCAGGGCAACUAUGUGGGCACCGCCCAGCCGACGGGUAACAGCAGCGCAGCCGCAGCUCAUGCGCAGCAGCAACAGCUGCUCGCACAGUCGCAGACGCAGCUAAAGCAACUGCAGCUCAAACAGCCAACAAUACACCAGCACCAGCAGCACAUCAGCUAUCAUCAUCACCAUCCCUACUACCAGCAGCAUCAACAGCAGCCGCAGCAGCAGCAGCAACAGACACAGCUGAGCCACAGCCAUCCAGCUGCGCAUCACGCCCAACACAAGGUGCAGGUGCAGGUGCAACAGCAACAGGUGCAAGCCAGUCAACAAAGUCAUUUGCCGGUGCAUGCGCUUAAUCAGAACUCAAAUUUCUCGGCGGCCAGCUCCAGUACAGGAGGCACUGCAUCCAGCCACGCGCCCACUCAGCAAUCGAACGGCUCCAGCGUCUCACCCACAAUCAUCAGCCAUCAGCCACGCGGCGCAGUUGCAGUUGCCGGUGGCAGCAACAGCAAUAUAGCUGCCGCUGCAAAUGCGCUGCUGCGUGCCACAGCUGCCGCUAGUGCGCCGAGCUCCUCGUCAGUGUCAGCAUCAGCGUCCUCAUCGUCAGCGUCAUCGUCGUCAUCCUCUUCAACGUCGUCCGCCUCGUCAACAUCUGCGUCCGGCUCCGCCAACUGUGCCAAGAAACUGAAAACAGAGCCGCUUCUCUCGCAAUACAAUCAAACGGAGCGCCUCAACUUUGCCAACACGUACAUCGUGUGGAGCGAGGAGCAUUGGCGCCGUGUGAUCUUCCAUGAUGAGCGACGCUUCAAUUUGGAUGGCCCCGAUGGUUUCUCCUACUACUUUCACGAUCUGCGCAAUUAUGAGCGCACGCUGUCGCAGCGGCCGCGCGGCAACUCCGUCUACAUCUACCUGAUGAUCUGCGUCGGUGGCCCCAUCUAUCUGGAAGUCUCGUCCGCCAAGCAGCGUCCUGAGUCCUGCAUCGAGGCCAUCUUACGGGAGCGCCCCAACAUUGUUGGCAAACUGGGCGGCAAUACAGAGUUUGUGCUGCAGGACCACAAUUGGAUGUCGCACGCUCUGCCCACGGCGCAGGAGCUGCUCAAUGCUGAGGGCUUAAAGACGCAAAAGUGGCCCACAAUUGCCCACGACUUGAACAUUAUGGAGAACAUUUGGGGCUGGCUGAUACGUGAGGUGUUUGACGGUGGUCGCAAGUUCUCGCGCAAGGACGACCUCAUCUUCCGCAUCAAGGAGGCGUGGUCACGCCUGCCGCACGACCUGAUCACCAACCUGUACAGCACGCUGCCGGAGCGGAUCACCGAGCUGUAUUACACUCAAGGCGUCUACACGAAUUGUUGACAACCGACGCUGCAACAUGCGAAUGGAUGCAAAGAUGACAGUGAAGGUGAUGCUAAACGUGAACAGGAACAGGAACAGGAAUGGAAAUGGGAGCGGACAGAGUAUGGAAA